AGCUUUCUCCCCCCCUUCGAAAGAGAAAACGUAUGAACUCAUGAUCAUCUUGAGCACGACCUUCACCUAAACCAUUUUUCAUCCACACACACUACACCCUAUUUUUGUUCAACUACAUUCUUCAAAAUUAGUGGUUAGCUGACCAAGACGAAGACCACAUCACAGGCAGCCAUGGACAGCCUCUCACCGAACAAGAACUCGAUGCAGGAGCUGGCACGACUCCGACGUACACUAGUAACCCUAGGCGCAACUACGUCGGCAACUACAACCCUUCUACUAACAGGGUCCCAAACUAGUACCAGCUUCGUUGCCGCAACUGCUACUGAUUACUGUGCGGCCUCCGAGGUCAUCCUGGAUUGCCUGGGCGCCAGUACAGCGAAGAACUACGUAACCCGGCAGCUGGCCGAAAGCGAUGAAACCGAGACAGCAAAAAAUGGGCCUUCGCGCCGCCAGCUGUCAACCGUGCUGGAGUACCCAGUGAAUGCAAAUGCAGGUUUUGCGAAUUGUGUCACAAUUCCUGGUCAGGGCGCAACCGGCGAGGCGAAGUUGACGACCUACGGCUGCGAACUUGUGCGCGAUGCUGAUGGGGUGAUCCAGGAUCCGUGGAACCGGGGCACCACCGCAGAUUUGAAGUGCGCGAAGCAAGAGGCCUUGGACAUUGAGACCGCCCUACACAGCCAAGCGGGCGCGCAGUCGCUGACCGUGCCCAAGACCUGCGUAUCUGCAGACUAUGCGAACAUGGUCGGAGGCGCCGCGAGCACGUGGCCCAAGGGGGGGCCCUUUAUUGACACUGCCACGGGCGUGGACCACGGCUGGACCGAAGCAGGCUGCAAAUUUAAGUGCGGGCAGAUUCCCUGGUGCCGCUUCUACGAAUUUGACGACUGGGAAACCAACGCCGAGGCGCCGGGAAACUACCAAUGGACGAAGCAGUGCAAAAUCAUGAAUCAGUGUUACGGCUCCCGGCAUCUGAUCAACUACGACUCGAAAGACAGAAUCGCGGCACAUGUAAGCGGCGGCGUCACGCCCUACCAAGAUCUCUAUCCCGGCGCCGCGGGCUACUCGCUCGGGGAGCUCCGCCUGGCGCUCGAGGGGGUUGCGAUCAACGCAGUCGUGCAAGCGUAUCCGCGCAAGCGCAUGACGAUCAAGCAGUGCAAGCGCACCGCCUGCAAGGACGGGCUGGACGGCGGGUGUCCGGCGAUGUGGAGCGUGAAUCGCGGCAAUUUUUUCAGCGCCAACGUGAAUUUACUGCCGCGUUGCUUGUAUGCAUUGCAAAAGUAUCGUACUAGUAUAAAUCGCAUGACAAAUUUCCUCAGAAUGUAAAAUGGAAUUUGUCAUGCUGAUUUUUUUCUUUGGAAUCAGAUUUGUCAUGCGUAUCUGCGAUUGGUACGAGUGCGAUGCUUUUGCAUUUGAUAGCUUGGGCGAGGUCUGCACCCGCGAGGACAGGAAAAACCACUGUUGUCGUGGCGGGAACCGGAGUAUCAUCAGUGGAGAAUCCGUGGCUUUGCUGGGAACCACCAGCUCCGCCUCCGUGUGCCCCUACAGUGGCGGCCAGGACCUGGCGCUGGUGGACACGGAGGGGUCUCUGCUCACCGCGUUUCCCGUCGCCCCCAGCGGCGCCAGCCUCUUUCGCACCGGCCACUGCGUCCACGGGUUCGACCCGGCUACCUCCCAGGCGAUUCCGUGCUUGCUCGUGGCCCCCUCGGCCGCCGAUAACACCUACCAAAACCUCCGCCUCCCGGUCGCGUCCGUGACCGAGCGCUGCGCCCGCAUCGAGUACAAGAUCACCACGCGCGGCCCCGGCGAUGCGGAACCGACACUGACGACGCAGCAGGAGGCCACCGUGGCCAUGACGUACUGGGACUGCAGUUUGGCGUGCACGAAGGACGAGAAUUGUUCGGACUACAGCUAUAUGAACUGCAAAAGUAUCGUACUCGUAUAAAUGCAUUACAAAUUUACGCAGCAUGAGAAAUAAAAUUUGUCAUGCGGAUUUGCCUUAAGACAAAGAUUUGUAAUGCAAGACUUGCAUUUAUACGAAACGAAUGCGAUACUUUUGCACAGGAUAAGCUACGACCCGAAAACGAAACAGUGCAUCGGUUACAACGCCUGCCACGCCUUCCACCCCGUGCUAUCCACAGUAAAUUUCCCGUACACGUACAAAUGCGGUCUCUGCAUGACAAAAAUUGGCCUCGAUGAUCCUAGUUUAGCAUGACAAGUUCUACCCAACAAAUUGGUGGAGUUUGUGGUGCGUUCUGUACAUGUACGGAAAAUUUGUAUUGCAUACGUGCUCUCCACGGCGAACACCCGGAUUUUCACGAACAAGUGCCGCGGGUUUUCCUGCAACUUGUCCGCAGGGUACACGCAGUCUUCCCUGGUCGGCGGCGUUGACCGGUCCACCUCCGGCCGAGGGGCCUACAGCUUUGCCGAUGAGGAAACGCAAAUCAACGCGCGGAUCGGGGGCCCGCUCAUGCGGAUUCCGGAACACACGCUCAACGAAGCCACGCAGGUGGUGAACACGCUGACGACCGGCACGGCGGCGUCCAAGUCGCCGGCAUUUGACAAAAUUUUGCAACACGGCAUCUCCUGGACGUUGCCGGCGUUCACCGCAACGGGUUCCAGUUCGCUCACGAUUCCCACCGUGUGUCCCACCUGCGGCGCCUUCGGGAACUGCAAACGGCAAGCCUGGGUGAGUGAUUUCGAUUACGUGAAACUACCCUUGUUAGAUCUCGGCACCGCGUGUUUGUCCCAGACGUGCCAAGUCCAGGACUGCUGCAUGAAAAUCAACGACCUGAUUUUCACCACCCACCCGGACAGCGCCCAAGCGGGGGUGGACACGACCAGCACCUUGCUCGACAAGAGUUUCGUGAACCGGAUCCAGGGCGUGGCCGGCCGGUUUUUGCAGCAAGUCAACUCCGCGAGCGCCAGCUACUAUUAUGGGGUGCAAAAGUUCCAGUACGACAUCGCCGUGGCCCCGGCCGCGGGGUUGGCCACCGUAUGGAUUGCAAAAGUGUCUGAGUCUGGAAGAUUGUCAGACUUGUCAUGCAGGUUUUCCAUGACCCAUGAGGUCCGGUAUGUAGGACAUAACAUGACAGAUUCUGCGAGACCUUGCUAAUGCCUUUCCUGCAUGAGAAAGCGCCUCUCGAUUAGGUCAAAAGUGCACAACUUUUGGCAAUCAUGCAACACAGUUUUUUGCCUGAUUCAGAUUUAGCAUGACAAGUUCCAUCCUCCCAGACCCAGACACUUUUGCAUUUGAUACACAGCGUCGGGGAGAGACACGGGCUUCGACGAGGACAACGCCGUUUUGGCUUUACUCAAGAACGAGGUCUACCCUAGUGUGAAUUACAACAAACCCUGGAUGGUAACCGGGCUGACGGCGGCUACAAUCGGCUCCACCUAUUUAAACAUCGACCUGCAGUCCCCGCAGUUGGUGUUCGGCAUGCGCAUUUUCAACGACUUCUCCGACGCGGAUCCGGACCUGGAGAAGUUAUGCAAUACAAAUUUCCCGUACAUGUACAAAAUGCAUCACAAAUUUUACCAAUUUGGAGCGUGAAAGUUGUCAUGCUAAAUGACGAUCGAAGCCAAGUUUUGUCAUGCAGAAACUGCAUUUGUACGUCGUGUACGGGAAAUUUGCUGUGGAUAGAAGUCCAUUUUCGACUACUACUCCGGCGCAACGAACGCAAACAUCGCGCGGCUGUUGCUGUUUGUCGGUGUGUCCACUUUGUCCACUCCAAUCACCUUGCCGAGUGCCUUCAACGAGGCGCAGACCACCGCGUGUUACUACCCGGAAAGAACCAGUCAAAAUGGCGGCCCGGCGGGGGGGACUGGCGUGAUUAUGAAGCAAAACAUUUACGACAAAAACACCCGGAAAGCCGACAUCAAAUCCAUCCUACCAAAUGCAAACAUGUCUGGGUCUGGAAGGAUGGAACUUGUAACGCUGGUCUUGCAUUCCUGUGAAAUCUGUAUUGCGCCGCGACUAGCAAAGAUGGUACAAGCAGGCUCUCGUGUCAUACAAAAACGCAGUUUCUCAUGCGGAGUUCGUAUGGGAAAGCGUUCCACAAACUUGUCAUGUUGUCCUACAUAAAAGGAAGUGUUUUCUUCUUGCACAUUCUAGCAUCACAAAUUUUCAGACCCAGACAUAUUUGCACUUGAUACAUCCACCACGCGGACCAGACCGUGUACUUUGGGCGCGACAGUUUGAACCGGCGCGUGAUCGACCUGUUGUGCCCCACCACCCGCUAUGGAUUGCAAAAAUGUCUGGGUGUGGAAGUAGAGUGGAACUUGUAAUGCUGUCUGCGGAUUCUGAAAAUAUCUGCGUUGCAUGAGCAGCAAGAGGAGUCAGCGCUUGGCACGCGGACGAGAGGGCAUUUCUCAUGCGUAAGUAGCUGCAUCAAGAAGCUCCCGAAAAAUCUGUGAUGCUAGCACCAGCAUCACAUCAGACCUCGCGGGUCAUGCAACAUGUGCAUCACAAGUCCCGACUCUUCCAGACCCAGACAUUUUUGCAAUUGAUACCCGCCAGCAGUUCGCGCGGACGGAGCAUCAAAUCAGCCCCGCGACGCACAAGGUGGCGACCGGACAGUAUGUGGUUUUGAAGCCAUCUGGCAGUACGAAGAUCACCCGGAUGUCUAUCCGUCACGUGCAACUCUACGUGGCGCAGCCGCGGCCCACCACGUCGAACCUCUACGACCAAACGGCCCAGACCUGCGCGGGCGCGUUUGCUUCGCUUUCGAACGCCAACGGCGGGUGCCCGAGCUUGGGCUGGACGCUGAAGCCCACGGCGGCGUCGAUUGCCUGCGUCUACAGCCCCUCCGCCUUCGACGGGAACAUCUGCACGGAGGACAAAUGCUGCAACCCGCCGGACGAGGCGAAGUCGCACAUUUCGCAAACGGUGGCCCCCUGCGAGCUCUUCUGGACCUUAUCUGACAAUACCGAUUCUGCUGGUGGCCCCGCGGCCUCGGUCGGGUUCCCGCUGCAGGAAAAAAUGUGUUCUCAAGCGAGCCUCACCACCGCCCCGAAAGCGUGUCACGAGGUGCGCCCACAAGAUUUGGACGGCUUCUGCCAAAACACGGCGAGAGAACAGCAGCUGGCCGACCACCAGCUCUACGCGGGUCGGAAAGACCUCGGCACGGCCGCCAACCCCAAAACCUGUACGACGCCAACUUCGCUUGGCGGGACCGCGUGCGGAAACUCGGAUUUGAACCUGUGUUGCGUCAAAAGGCAAGCCUGCUCCGCGACGACGGCCAGUCAGGUCUGCGGUUCCGGCGGGGAAAACAAUGAGCAACCGGAUGUGAGUGCGUACGUGAAAUUAUCGACAACUGGGUUGUAUUGCAAAUCCGACCUCUGCUAUCCCAAGAAAAAACUGUUUUACUGUGAACCUGUGAUGCGCAAAAUGGAACACAGAACUAUUUGUCUUGCUACACCUGCAACACAUUGCAUUUUUAAGGGUGUUUUCCCUUGGAAAGCGCGCAUGACAGACUUUCAGCGUCAUCAUGUGUAACAAACCUGUGAUGCAGAUCUAGCAAAAUCAUCACAGUGAGCCAGUUUUUUCGUGGGAUAUCUGCAACAAGCAGGACGACCGGGAAACGUGUUGCGCGCGGAAGGAAACCUGCAAGGAAUCCGGGGGAACGAUUUGUCCCACGACUGGCUUGGCGCAGUCUAAGCUGCAUUUCUUCUGCUCCGGUUUGCGCUGCACCGCUGCAGCGGAUUCGACCACGUGCUGCGCGCAAGCCAACACGUGCGCUUCCGCGGGCAUCACCAAUGACAUGUGCCAGGCGGUAGGCCGGCCGGAAGCGUUGUUCAGCAAGCCGUAUUACGUCGGGUACAGCUACAUGGGGUAUGACGUGACCAAGGAUGCUACAUCUAUCGCGAACAUCGGCACUUUAAACGCACUCGACACCUGCAGCUACACCACCACCUCCACGACAUCCACUGUCGCGGGCGACGACGCUUCCGGUGGUCGGAGCUGGAUGGGCCGCGGCGCGAAUUUGGAUCCGAUCAAAAAGGCGUGCCAUCUGGAGUAUUGUUGCGCGCGCACCUGCGGGCCGAGUGGGUACGACUGUCGGUACCAAAACCCGGCUGUGUUCGCCUCGGCCGUGACAAGAAUCCCGGCGUUGAUUCGCUACGACCAGGGGGUCUGUUCUGCGGGCACCACGUUGAACCCGCUGUGUAGCGCAAACACGUGCUGCGCGAAGGUGGAAGACGAGUCGCUGAUCACGGGUACAACGUUGAACUCCUUGCAAUUGUCGCCGAUCACGAUUUCAUCUCGCCGAGAGCUGCUGGAGGAGGAAAACGCACUGCAAUCCUCCACUGGCGACGACCAAACCGACCACCGUCGCUCUCUGACGUCGUCCACCGGCGACGGCACAUACUACACCGCCGGCACGGGGACCGACGGAUUACUCGGCGCCGCGGCUUUUCAAUUGGCGGACCAACCGGCGACCUUAGCGACCAUGCUCGCGAACGUGAAGCAAGCCAUUCCGAAAACCGCGAUUUCUCCCUAUGUUGGGCGGGGCAUCCCGAACCCGGCAAACCGAGUCAGCACCUACAACGAUUUGGACGAGACUCCGGUCACGAUACAACCCUCCACGACCGAUCCAAACGACGCGACCAAUUCGGGUAACACGACCGAUCCGACGACCGAGGAUCCUACGACCAAGGACGCUACGACUGUAACGGCCACGACCACAACUGACGACAGAAACGAAUGGGAAAAAUUCUGGGACGACGAGGACUCCGUGAUCCUGGCCGGCAUCGUGCUCGGCGUGGUCAUCCUGCUCUGCCUCCUGGGCUGCGUGCAUCACCGGCGGAUAUGAACUGCAAAAGUAUCGUACACGUACUCGUAUAAAUGCAUUACAAAUUUCCUCAGCAUGAGAAAUAAAAUUUGUAAUGCGGAUUCACCUUGAGAAAAAAACUUGCAAUGCAUGACUGCAAUUACUACGAGUGCGAUACUUUUGCACCCGAUAGCGGAAGGCGAAGCAACAGUGGAUGGAAGAUCAUUACGGGUACGGUGCUGGUAAAGGCACGUGGGACGAUAUUGAGAGGAAAAAUCCCCUCUCCCCAUAUUGAAGAGGCAUGUUUCCGAAAAUUUGUGUUGCUGAUUUGUAGCCACAAAUCAGGUUUGAUUUGCAAGAACACAAGUCGCGCAGAGGCAUCCGCCCAAUUUUGAAAGCGAUUUGGCAUGCCGUUGGUCCUAGAGGGUAGCCGUUUGCAAUGCUGAACAACUAGACCUGAGCGCUCCCACCUAGGCUGCCGCUGCGGAUCCGGCCGCAGUGCCUUACUGCAAGACAAGUCGGACGAUUUGUGUACGCAAAUCAGCAUGAGAAAUUUCCAUUUUGAUAUGGGGAGGGGGGAUUUUUCAUUUUGAUAGACGAUUUGUACGCCCCGGGCGCCUAUUCGUACGCCAAGGGCAGCAAGAUGGGAAAGAAGGGGAAAUCCUCGGGAAAAUUUUCCUCCUCCAGAAAGAAAGGAAGCGGCAAGUAUUCCCCGUACAACUCCCCGCGCGGCGGAGGUCCUUCCUGGCUGUCCCCACGCCCGUCUUUGUCUUCCCCCCGCGGCAGUUACCACAUGUCGUCGCCCCGAAUGUCUGGACAUGCGCACUCCUCGUCGCACAGCUGGCGCAAGAAGGCGGGAGCAGGGAGUGCGAAGGGCGGCACUUGGAGCUACGUCAAGGGGCCGCCCAGUGUGCAGAAGGGCAAGGCUUCGAUCUCGUCCCCCAUGGGCUCGCCGUUGGGAACCCCGCUUGGCUCCCCGCGUGGCGGGCCGCCGGUGCCCGUGCCCAUGAACCCGCACGUUGGGAAGGUCGCCCCGCACAAGAAGGGCGUCCCGGGCGGCUCGAUGAGCACCAAAGGGGAAAGGGCAGCAGGGUUGGUCUCCGAACCUCCUGCAGCAUUUUGGGUAUGGGAAAAAAUGAGAUCUAAGUAAAAAAUCUUCGUCUUUCAACCUUCAAAUCAAUUUUUGUCAAACUAUCCAAAAGAAAGGAACACGACGAACAUACUUACGUACUAGCAAUAUACGAAAUAAAUCAAGUUUAAAAUAUGUUUCGCCUACAUUAUUCGUGAACAGGAAGUCGCAUGCUUUACUUCGUUUUUCAUCGUAAAUUAUUCUAAUCCGCGUACUACAAGAACUUCGUUUUUAAUUGCAUUGCACACGUACAAGAACGACCCUACUAGUGUCCAUUUUCUCAACCCACUUCCCCAAAACCCCAAGCAAAAAUCGACCCAGUGCCAGUGGAGGUAGUUUUUGUUUUUGAUUGUCCUCUUCGGAAAACUAAACUCAUUCGCUUGAUCAUGGAGACGUUGAUCACGAUGCUAAACAUGUAGUGGACGAGUGAAAAUACACGUGGCAUCAAAGCUGCACCAAGCUCAGCCAGUAGCAGCACACACAUGCAGCGAUGAAGAAGAUGUUGACUCGGGGGCUACCUCCACUUCAAGAAUUCUCAACAAACUUUCAGAAGAGAAAACGCACUCGAAA